UCAUUAGAAUCAUCCUCAUAUUCCUAACUGCUACUAAAGCACAGAAACAAAUAUGGGCGAGAUGCAGCUUCUGCUGCUGAGUCUGGGGCUGGCCCUCGUCUGUGGCCUCCAUGCUCACCAUACCUGUUCUAAGGAGCACCAACCAGAUGUAAGUAAGAAAUGGUGGAUGCAGCUCUCAGGAACCUGGUAUACUGUUGCACUGGCCUCAAAUGUUACAGCUAAGAUUGAGGAAGGAGGUCCCUUGAGGAUUUUUGUCCAAAAACUCAUUCUAGAGAAUGGUAACCUGCGUGCAAUCUUCUUCAAAAGAGAAAAUGGAAAAUGCAUUCAAUUUUCUGUGUCUGCUAACCCACCUGAGAAAGAUAGCCCAAUGAAGGUGAAAUAUUCAGGAAUUAAUGAUCUCUACAUUAAAAGUUUCAAGGAAGAUGAAUAUGUCAUAUUUAUCUUGUAUAACCACAACAAUAAGGAAGUGACACUUUGGGGACAUCUCUUUGGACGUACUCCAGAUCUGAGUGAUAAUAUAAAGAAGAAAUUCGAGGAUAUUUGUAUAAAUGCAGGACUUAAGAAAGAACACAUUUUAGAUGUAUCUGAAGCUGGAAUUCUAAGGAAGCCGCAUCUUUGUCUUAUGGGAAUCCUACCUCCAUCCUCCAAAGAAUAAUUAACAUGGAUAAUCUGCUAUCCCCAAAGAGAUUCAGUCUUCAUCUAUGUUUUGCUUAAUUAAAGAAAGAAUCUCUAGUGGGAUAGUUUCCUAUAAAUGUCAGAUUUUCCCCCUUGUAAAUGAGGUGUUCUGAGUCUGUUUGGGAAACUAUAAGAAACCACACCCCAUUCCCCAAAAAGUGAAGUAAGAAGAGAGGUCUUAUCAAGUCUCUGGGAGUUUGUCCAGUCACCUCAACUUUCUGAUGUUUUAUUAGUAUCUUUUGAAUUCCAUUAAUUACAUUUAAAUUAAUUCUGUAUGUAGCAUACCUCUAAUCUAUCAAGGGAACUUUCCCUUGUAAUAAAAAUGAUCAUUUCAGCAUAAUCAAUAAAAACAACAGCAACAAAA